AUAGCGCGCGCCCCCCCUCCCUCUGCUUCCACUUACAGCGGGUUCACGCUCUGUCUCUUGGCAAACGGGGACGAUGCAACAACACAAGACGGACACCGCCCGGACGGGCGAGCUUUGGACCAUGGCGCGUGUACUGCUGAUAUUUGGAUUGGUGGUGGUGGCGGCGGUCGCGGCAGCUCCUGACAGGGGGAUACAAAGUGCGCCUGCAGGCUUUGUGAAGACUGAAUGCCGAGACAGUGUAUUUUGGGUCGGACUGGACAAGCGCUUUCUCGCUGGGAAACUGUGGCAGAUUAACGUCGUCGAUCAGUCGGGUUAUAUAUUCUCCGUAACACCGAGAUUUGCAUCACAGUGUGGUUACACAAUUUCAGUAGAUUACUGGAAUGUUGAAUUCCGUGCAUCUGUCCUCAGCUGUGGUGUGCAAAUACUGAAUGAUGAGCAGUUUAAUCUGACCAUACAAAUACAAGUGUCAGGACCUGCCUCCGGAGCUGCAACGUACAUUGAAACUCUAUCUUGUAUGUACUCUCCAUGGGCUGAAAGGGAAAUCUUCUGUGAAGAAAACUACAUGCAGGUCUCUGUACAAAGAAAGAUACCGACCAUAGAGGAGGAUUACGCUCAAGAUGCUGAAGAUUGGGCUUUAGCAUUUCCUGAAGCAGUCGGAGGAGAAACUGGAAUAUGGCAAGUGGUAUUUCACACUUCCAGUGGUAAAGUGAGUAAGACUGUGAAAGAAGCACAUCAGCUAAAUUACGGAAUCAACACCACAGUGUCUCGUAUCUUGCUCCGUGCUCCUUAUCAUACAAAAGAAGCUGAAGUAGUUUUGGUCCAAGGUGUUCCCUUGUCUGUUAUCAAAUCAACAAGCUUCUACAAACAGCAUUGGAUUAUUCUUUUAAUUGACACUGCAGUGGCUUGUCCUCUUGGUGAUAUUUCAUUUGUGGAUGACCUAAUCACCUGGACAUUGCCAAGAAUAUUCACUCCAAUUGUGACCAGUGCAGUUCUUAAAGACAACAGUUCUAUGGGAGUAAAUGGUAUCAAAUUGGAUCCUGAAAUAAUGACAGAAAGAAAUUAUUCUUUGGAUAAAAAUGACACUGCACUUGCUGUAAAGGUUCCAAUUGGAGCACAAGAUGGACACUACAAGAGCCAUGUAAUGGAUGGACAGUAUGGCAUCAAGUAUAGCAUUAAUCUGUUUUUGGAACACGUGUGGGAAGAUGAAACCUGGGGAAUGAAUAAAAUGAAUGUGAUAUAUCCAGCCUCCACUCCCUUUAUUCCUAAGCCUCUGGUUCUCACUGAUGAUACUAAACCUGAACAAUGGCUAUUCAAUGUAUCAUUGGGCAAUUUUCUUCCUGAUGUGGAACUGCACAAACUCACUCUGGGUUCUCAGUCCUUUUCUGUGGAUGAACCAAACCAGAUGUUUGAUGUUUACAAUGCGACUACCCCAAAUGAGACGACCCUUGAUAAAAUAUUUGUUCUUGAAGUUCCAAUGGAGUCUCCAGUCGUUGAUAGGAAGUAUAUAGGAGAUGGUGUUGAACAAUAUACCCUUGACAUCAUCUACACCUUGGCUGUCGUGCCAGAAGAUGAAAUGUUCACCUAUGUAGCUCAAUUAGUACACAAGCACAACAUAGUACUUCCAGUGGCAAGUGGCUUUUGUGACCAGGAAAAUGUGACUUUACUGAUUACACACGGGACUUUGGAUCAGUAUUGGAUCCCUUUCAUUGGAAACAUGCAGCUCUCUCUACACUCUGAACAUGAUGGGUAUAUCUUGAGGGAGAAUGGUACCCACUUAACAAUCACUGUUCCACAUGAUUCACCUGAAGCUGUCCAUGAGGCAAUUAAUCACCAAGGCCUUCGGAGCAGAUUUGACUUCCAACUGAGGGAUAAUAAAACCUUCGAGGUGCUGAUGAACUUUUCUCUUUCCUGCAGCUUUCCUACUGCAGACUUCAUAAGAUGUUUCCCAAAUGGCUGGAUUAUGAUUACUGCUGUGAAACUUGGAAGACAGUUGAGAAUGGAUACUAGCACAAUCGUGCUGAAAGACCAGACUUGCAAGGCAAAGGAAAGCAAGUUCGAAGCAGUCUUUGACUUUUCUGCGGAUUCCUGUGGCACAACGAGAAGGUUUGAGAAGAAUUACAUGAUCUAUGAGAAUGAAGUGGUGUACAUGGAUGCCAAAUCAACUAAAGAGCCAACCUUUCAACUUGCAAUAUCUUGUCGUUACCCCAUAAAUGAUUCUCUGCAUCUUCAGUUUGAACAUCAAAUCAAUCCUCUGCCAGUUGUUGUACCUGGGAUGGGACCCAUCGUCUUGGAUAUGCAACUUGCCAAAGACGAAUCCUAUACCACAUUGUACAAAGAAGAUGAAUAUCCAGUAGUGAAGUAUCUGGCUGUCCCCCUCUACUUUGAAGUGCAACUGCUGCACAAUGAAGAUCCACAAAUUGAGUUGUUCUUGCAAUCCUGCUGGGCAACUGCCUCACCAGGAAGAGACAGUAUUCCACAGUGGCCCAUCAUUGUCCAAAGCUGUGAGUAUGAAGCUGAUCUGCAAGUGACCAUCUUCCAUCGUGUUGUGAGGAAUGAGAGGGUGAGAUAUCCUAGCCAUGUGAAAAGAUUUGAAGUGAAGACAUUUGCAUUCAUCUUGGGAGAUCUCAAUACCUUGUUGCGAGAGGUGUACUUUCAUUGCAGUGUAGUUUUGUGCAAGAAGGACCCAAUUAACGAGUUUCUCUGUCCUGGUAAAUGUAUGCCAAGAAAACAACGAAUGGGUCGGAGUGUAGAUGGAGUGCACCAUUUGGAGGGAUCUGUGUCGUCGGGAGCAGUGCUCGUAGCAAAAUUUCCAAAUGUAGAGCAUGACAUGAGAGAUGCCCAAAUGGAAUUUUACUCCUGGCCAGUGCUGCUGAUUGGAGGUGCAACAAUUAUUGUUGGUUCAAUUGUACUUGGACUUGUUGGUCAUGUAUGUCAAAAAAGCAGUGACUCUGAUUAAAACAAGCUCUUAAUUGAAAUGUU